AUGCAAGAAGAAGCUGAGGAGAAUUAUGAACGCAACAAAAGUCAACCAGGGACAAUUAUUGGUCGCCCUGCCGGUCUUGAAGCAUACCAUGGACGGUCAGCCAUGCAAUAUCAACAACAAUCCCGUGACAGGACGGCGCAGAAUACGCAGAGAGACGAUAAGUUGCGAGUCGACGCUACAUCCCAAACAUAA